GUGCGAUACACCACCGACAACGAUCCGUAUCGUGGUGAUCGUCUCAGCAAACUGGCGUACAUAUUACUCAACCUCUUCAUAUUUACUGGAGACGUUAGCCAUCUUAACGAAGCGAUACCAAUUUUCGAGAAUGCUGUUGGUACAACUCCCGACGGUCUAUCCUCCAAACCCUUUCUUCUCAAGUGUCAAGGGUUCGCGCUGUGGAGUCGCUACAAACGACUUGGAGACCCUGUCGACCUGAUACUCGCGAUUUCUGCUUACGCAGAUGCUGUGCUGCUAACACCUGACAGUCAUCUCAAAAACCCUUGGUGGCUAGACGGCCUCGCACCUGCUCUCAACUUCCGAUUCGAGCGUCUUCGUCUGCAAACCGACCUUGAUCAAGACAUCCUGAUUCACAAUCAUCGAGCUGCGGUACAUCUAACAUCCGAUGACGACCCACCUAAGGGUUCACGGCUCCAUGACUUGGGACACGCGCUGAUGGUUCGGUAUAAGCAGUCGGGCAACCUGAUCGACCUUAACGAGGCAAUUACAGUGUAUCAACAUGCUUCGAGGCUUGCAGAUGGCGCCCAUCCAGUCAACUUCUUAUGUCAUAUCGAAUUGACGGAUGUUCUCUUCUUGCGUUUCGAGCGUCUUGGUGAGCGAGACGACCUUGAUCAAUCCAUCCACAUUUUGAAGGAUGUGCUGAGAUCGAUAGGUGACGACAGCUCGCGAAGGGCCAUUUGCUUAAACCAGCUUGGUGUCGCGCUCGCUCAGCGUUACCAGUGUUCCGGGACCUCAUCCGACCUCCAUGAAUCGUUCGUCUUUUUCAAGGAAGCUGUUUCACUGGCAGAUACUGAUACUCGCAAGGUCAUGUACCUGAUCAACCUCAGUAAUUCGCAGCACUCUUUAUUCAAGUGCCUUGACGAUACCACUUCUCUUGACGAAUCAAUCUUGGCACUCACGAGUGCUGCUGAGAUGCUCUCAGAUGCGCAUCGCAUGAAAAUUGGAUGCCUCACCAACCUCGGAAUUUUGCUCAAAGCUCGUUACGAGCGGUUCAAUCACCUGGCUGAUCUGGACCAGGCAAUGGUCGUGGGGAAGCGGGCGAUACAGCUUCUCCAUGAGGGUCACAGAGACAGGCCAGGGUGUUUGGCCAGACUUGGAUGGGCCUAUCUGGCCCGCUUUGAGAGGUUUGGCAACAUUGAGGAUAUUGAUGAAUCGAUUUCCGCCCAUAGAGAGGGAGUGAAAGUCUCCCUGCUGGGUGGUAUCGAUAGCCCGAAACAUCUUUCUAAUCUCGGAAUUUCCUUCUUGAUACGGUUCGAGCGGCUCGGAAAUCCGAUCGACCUCGACGAAUCAGUUCAUGCAUGCGAAGAAGCGGUCCAGGCCACACUUGGGAUGGAUAUCAACAAGUGUCAUUACCUUGGGACCCUAGCCGACGCUCUCCUGUGUCGUUUUAAAAAUUAUGGCAAUAUUCUCGAUCUAGAUCGCUCGAUCCAGCUACGAGAGGAGGUUGUACGUCUCACUCCGGAAAACCACCCCGAAAGGCCUCGCCACCUCAACAAUCUUUGUGGUUCCAUACGAUCCCGCCUCAAAUACCUGGGCAGUCUUCGUGAUGCUGACAAGUCCAUUGCAUUGCAAAAAGAGGCUCUAGAUUUGACGCCCGACGAUCACCCUCACAAGUUAGUCUAUCUUAGCAGCCUUGGGGGUUGCUUUCUCGACCGCUUUGAACACAGUGGUGAUAUUCCUGACAUCGAUCAAUCUGUUUCACUUAGAAAAGAGGCGGUACAUUUGUCACAAAAUGGGCAUCCAGACAAACCAAGAUUAUUCGACAACUUGGGAAACUCUUUAUUCAUUCGCUACAAUCGUCUCAAGGAUAUCAACGACUUGGAAGGAUCAGUAAAGGCGUAUGAAGCUGCAGUCUCCUUAAUUCCGAAUGACCAUGCCGGAAAACCUGGUUAUUUGGGCAACUUCGCCUGUUCUUUAAAGGUUCUCUUCAAUGUCAAAGGUGACAUGAUUGACCUGAACAGGUCAAUCUCGCUACACGAAGAGGCUAUUAAACUGACCGAGGAAACCCACCCUUACAAACCAGAACUUUUAAGCAACCUGGGCGGCGCACUGCUAUCUCGCUUCUGGCGCCUUAAAGAUCGUCUAGAUAUCGAUAAAGGUAUCUCAACCUGUCGAGAAUCUAUUCAAUUCACGCCGAACAAGGCGUCUUACCUUCAUAAUCUUGCACAGGCUUUAUUGAAUCGAUUUCAGUCAUACGGUGACAUUGCCGAUCUUGACGAGUCUAUUUCUUUCCGCCAAACCUCAGUGGCAAUGACUCCUGAUACUCACCCUGCAAAAACACAAUAUCUGUUCGACCUUGGCCAUUCUUUCUACACCCGAUACCAAGCUACCGGUAGGAAAAGUGAUCUGAAUGAUGCCAUUCAUCUAUGUUCUCAAGCAGCGAAUUUGACUACUGGUGCUCCAUCUCUGAGAUUCGGCGCUGCACAGCAUUGGGUGGGAUUCAGCUAUCUAAUUGACUGCCCUCCUCCCCUUGAGGCAUAUCGCGGCAUGAUGGAUCUCUUGCCGCUGGUGGCUUGGCUCGGACUUGGAGUUCUCGACCGAUAUAGAGAACUUACAAAAGUAGGUGCCGAAGUCCGUGAUGCUGCUGCUUUUGCGAUUGAUACUGGAGAUUACGACCAAGCUUUAGAAUGGUUGGAGGAGGGUCGCUCCAUCGUCUGGGGUCAGAUGCUACAGCUGCGCACCCCUAUUCAUGAGCUCCGAGAUAAAGCUCCAGAUCUGGCCGCCCAAUUUGAGAAACUCUCAAAAGAGAUGGAAUCAAUGGGGACAAACACCAUACAACUGGCGGGCGAUGACCGCGGUUCUCGAUCAUCGUUUGAAACUCUUCCCGAACGGCGUAGACAAUUGACCACUGAAUGGGAAACACUAGUGCGGAACAUUCGUAAGGUGGAUGGCAUGAAUGGAUUUCUCUUGCCGAAGCGGGUUUCUCAACUCGCUGAAGCUGCGGGUUCUGGACCUGUUGUCGUUUUGAAUGCCAGCAAACAUCGUUGCGAUGCUUUGAUUCUCAAAUCCAACUUUGAUAAAGCCAUGCAUAUUCCUCUUCAUCCCUUCACGUUUGAGCGCGCACAAGCACUCCAACACAAAUUAAUGCUAAUGCGCUCCAAGGUCGGUGUCCGCCAGGAUGAUGAACGUGCAGGACGUGUUGCCCCUGCACAAAGCUUGAGCUCAGAUUUUCCAAGGUUGCUUUCAGAACUUUGGGAUGAGGUUGUUAUGCCGGUUUUACAGGCUCUUGAUAUUCCAAUCAGAGCCACUUCCAAUCCUUCAAGGAUCUGGUGGUGUGGGACGGGCCCCUUCGCUUUCCUCCCCAUUCACGCCGCUGGCUCGUAUGAUUUGGGUUCAACGGCGAACUCAGAACCUCUCAUACAACUUUCGGACAUAGUCGUUUCAUCAUACACGCCUUCAGUAACGGCUCUUCUGAAACCUCAUAGAGAACAACCUUCUAACAAAUUUAAACUCCUUGCUAUUGCUCAGCCCUCCACGCCUGGGCAACCUCAUUUGCCCAAUACGACAUGGGAGCUAGCGGAAAUUCGAAAGCAUCUCGGCUCUCAUUCAAUGGUGGAGCUCGAAGGGGCAGAUGCCACUAUUGAACGGGUCAUUGAGAGUCUCUCUCAAUGUGGUUGGGUUCAUCUUGCUUGCCACGGCUCACAGAACCGUUCCGACCCCACAAAGAGCGCCCUCAUGCUCGAGGAUGGACACUUGGAAAUUGGGAGGAUUACUAGGAGCGUAUUACCUGGCACCGCAGACUUUGCGUUCCUCUCUGCUUGUCAGACAGCGAGUGGAGACGAGACUCUUCCAGAGGAGGUUGUUCAUUUGGCUGCUGGUAUGCUUUUCGCGGGAUAUCGCAGCGUGAUUGCAACAAUGUGGUCGAUUCGGGACAAGGAUGCGCCUGUGGUUGCGGAUGAAGUCUACCGUCACCUAUUAUCAGUCGAACCACCGGACUCCACCGAAGCUGCCAGAGCGCUUCACUAUGCAGUGGCACGUCUACGUAGGGAAUCCCCAGAAAUACCCUUCUCAUCUUGGGUUCCUUUCAUUCAUAUUGGC